AUGGUUUUGCUGGAUUCCCAUUUUUCCAGCGUGGCUGCCCAGCUCGGGGCCAGUUUCAGCAGGAGCUCUCUGGGCCAGCUCGGGGCUUGUGGUGGCUUCCAGGUGCUCCUUCAUCUCCCACAGCAUCAGGGUUUCUCCUCUCCCUCCCGCUGGGCUGCUGGAAGCACCUGGAGACUCCGAGUUCUGCUCCAGCCCUGCCUGCCUUGGCUUGUCCUGGCUGAUUCCUGGCGUGGGACACGUCCCUGCUGCCACCUCCUGCAUCCUCCUCUUCCUCAGCCUGGGCUGGAAGGACUCAGCCAUCUCAUCUUCCUCUUCCUCAGCCUGGGCUGGAAGGACUCAGCCAGCUCAUCUUCCUCUUCCUCAACCUGGGCUGGAAGAGCUCAGCCAUCUCAUCUUCCUCUUCCUCAACCUGGGCUGGAAGAGCUCAGCCAUCUCAUCUUCCUCAGCCUGGGCUGGAAGGGCUCAGCCACCUCCUGCAUCUUCCUCUUCCUCAGCCUGGGCUGGAAGGGCUCAGCCAUCUCAUCUUCCUCUUCCUCAGCCUGGAAUGGAGCUGGAAGGGCUCAGCCCUCACCUCCUCCUCUUCCUCAGCCUGGGCUGGGGCUGGAAGGUCUCAGCCAUCUCCUCCUCCUGCAUCUUCCUCUUCCCCUAUUCUGGAGUGGGGCUGGAAGGUCUCCUGCUGCAUCCUCCUCUUCCUCAGCCUGGGUUAGGGCUGGAAGGGCUCAGCCCUCCCCUCCUGCAGCAUCCUCCUCUUCCUCCAGCCUGGUCGGGGCUGGAAGGUCUCAGUCACCUCUUCCUGCUGCAUCCUCCUCUUCCUCAGCCUGGGUUAGGGCUGGAAGGGCUCAGCCCUCCCCUCCAACCUCCUCGGGCAGGGUGGGGGUGGCACUGUCACCCCUCAUCUCCUGCAAGGGACACCUGGAACCGUCUCCCUCCUUCAGAAGGUUCAGAAAUUUCAGAAAUUUCAGAAAUUUCAGAAGGUUCACAAGGUUCUUCCUCCUUCAGGGAUCUCUGGGAGGGGUUGGCCUUGCCCCAGGGACAGGGAUCCAUGGAAGUGUCUCCAGGAGGGACAGGGGUCCAUGGCUGUGUCUCCAGGAGGGACAUUUGGGGAUGGACACACUGCUGGGAUGAGCCCCCGGUGUAGGGGGUCUGGGGGGUGCAAAGGGCAGCUGGGCUGAUUUGAAAGAACGUUCUGGAUGGGAGAGCUUGGAGGCUCUUCCAGGGGGCUCCAGGAGAGGGGCUUGGAGCGAGGGGUGGAGGACAGGACACAGGGAAUGGCUUCACAGGGAAAGAGGGAAGGUUUAGCUUGGAUUUUGGGAAGGAAUUCCUCCCUGUGUCCCUAUCCCCUUGUGUCCCUAUCCCUGUCCUGUUCCUCUGUCCCUGU